AUGGGGCAGCAGGUGGGCCGCGUCGGGGAGCCGGGCGUCGGGCUCCAGCACCAGCCGCCGCCGCCUCAGCAGCAACAGCAGCAGCCGCGGGGACUACGGGGGAGCAACGCAGCCAGGCCGGCGAGCCGCCGGCGCGAGGCGGCCGGGCGCACUGCCGAGGGAGGCUUCAAUAUCUUCACUCAGCACGAGGCCUUGCACCGCCCCUACGGUUGCGAUGUUGAACCCCAGGCACUGAAUGAAGCCAUCAGAUGGAGCUCCAAGGAGAACCUGCUCGGAGCCACUGAGAGCGAUCCCAAUCUCUUUGUUGCACUUUACGAUUUUGUAGCGAGCGGUGACAACACGCUCAGCAUCACCAAAGGUGAGAAGUUGCGAGUCCUGGGUUACAACCAGAAUGGUGAAUGGAGUGAGGUACGCUCGAAGAACGGGCAGGGCUGGGUACCAAGCAACUACAUCACACCAGUGAACAGCCUGGAAAAGCACUCGUGGUACCAUGGGCCGGUGUCACGCAGCGCAGCAGAGUAUCUGCUGAGCAGUCUCAUCAAUGGCAGCUUCCUGGUUCGUGAGAGCGAGAGCAGCCCAGGGCAGCUGUCCAUCUCGCUCAGGUACGAAGGACGUGUUUACCACUACAGGAUCAAUACCACCUCAGAUGGAAAGGUAUAUGUGACCGCAGAAAGCCGUUUCAGCACACUAGCAGAGCUAGUACACCAUCACUCAACAGUAGCAGAUGGACUGGUGACAACUUUGCAUUACCCAGCACCCAAGUGCAAUAAGCCCACUGUCUAUGGAGUGUCCCCCAUCCAUGACAAGUGGGAGAUGGAGCGGACUGACAUCACCAUGAAGCACAAACUUGGGGGAGGGCAGUAUGGCGAGGUGUACGUUGGUGUCUGGAAGAAAUACAACCUCACAGUUGCUGUGAAGACAUUAAAGGAAGAUACCAUGGAGGUGGAAGAGUUCUUGAAAGAAGCUGCUGUGAUGAAGGAGAUCAAGCACCCAAAUCUAGUGCAGUUGUUAGGUGUGUGUACCCUGGAGCCACCCUUUUACAUCGUGACAGAAUACAUGCCGUUUGGGAAUCUGCUAGACUAUCUGCGGGAGUGCAACCGAGAGGAAGUGAGUGCUGUUGUGCUGCUCUACAUGGCCACUCAGAUAUCCUCUGCUAUGGAAUACCUGGAGAAGAAGAACUUCAUUCACAGGGACCUGGCAGCACGGAACUGCUUAGUUGGGGAAAAUCACGUGGUGAAGGUGGCUGACUUUGGCUUAAGUCGACUUAUGACUGGAGAUACCUACACAGCUCAUGCUGGAGCCAAGUUCCCAAUCAAAUGGACGGCUCCUGAGAGCCUGGCCUAUAAUACCUUUUCAAUCAAAUCAGAUGUGUGGGCAUUUGGGGUGCUGUUAUGGGAAAUUGCUACCUAUGGGAUGUCACCAUACCCAGGCAUUGACCUCUCUCAGGUGUAUGAUCUGCUGGAAAAGGGCUAUCGGAUGGAACAGCCAGAGGGGUGCCCUCCAAAGGUUUAUGAACUGAUGAGGGCAUGCUGGAAGUGGAACCCACCAGACCGACCUUCCUUUGCUGAGACCCAUCAGGCUUUUGAAACCAUGUUCCAUGACUCAAGCAUCUCAGAGGAGGUAGCAGAGGAGCUUGGAAGAACAGCCUCCUCCUCAUCCAUAGUUCCUUACUUGCCCCGGUUACCCAUGCUUCCCUCCAAGACUAGAACACUGAAGAAACAGGCAGAGAACAAGGAGAACAUUGAAGGAACACAAGAUACUGUGGAACACUCAGCCUCCAGCUCAGCACCAGGUUUUAUCAGAAGCACACAGCCAACAAGUGGGUCUCCAGCACUGCCUCGCAAGCAGAGGGACAAGUCUCCCAGCAGCCUAUUGGAGGAUGCCAAAGAGACCACUUUCACCAGGGACAGAAAAGGUGGCUUCUUCAGCUCCUUUAUGAAGAAGAGGAACGCUCCCACACCUCCCAAGCGCAGCAGCUCCUUCCGGGAGAUGGAGAACCAGCCCCAUAAGAAAUACGAGCUCACGGGUAACUUCUCAUCUGUUGCUUCCUUGCAGCAUGUGGAUGGGUUCUCUUUUGCUCCCACACAGCAGGAUGCAAGCCUGGCAUCACCAAAGUGCUACGGUGGGGGCAUUGUGCAGAGGACCUUCUACAACGAUGAUGGCACUGGUACCAGCGGUGGUGGGGGUGUGAGCACCGGCGGUGGGUGGUCGGGCAUCACUGGUUUCUUUACUCCGCGCUUGAUUAAAAAGACACUGGGUUUACGAGCAGGAAAACCCGCUGGCAAUGAAGAAGCUUCAAAGCCUUUUCCAAGGUCAAACUCUACAUCUUCCAUGUCCUCAGGGCUUCCAGAGCAGGAUAGGAUGGCAAUGACCCUUCCCAGAAAUUCCCAGAGGUCAAAAAUCCAGCUGGAACGGACAGUGUCCACCUCCUCUCAGCCUGAUGAGAGCACAGGGAAGGCCAGUGACCUGCUUGCCAAAAGGUUUGAAGAAGGCCCUGCUUUGACCAGAGAGAGACCAAAAGCAAAACUCUUGCCAAGGGGUGCCACAGCACUCCCUUUCCGAACGCCCUCUGGCUCAGAAGAGAAGGAGGGUCCAGGGCUAGUAGCAGCUCCUAAGGGCAAAGAAAAAAACAGUGGCCCACGGCAAGGGGCCCUCGAGGAUGGUGAGAGACAGGGGUGGUCAUCUCCAGUAAAGGCUGCAGCAAUACUUCCAACCACUCAUAACCACAAAGUGCCAGUCCUAAUCUCACCCACUCUCAAACACACUCCAGCAGACGUGCAGCUCAUUGGCACAGACUCUCAGGGUAAUAAAUUUAAGCUCUUAUCUGAGCAUCAGGUCACUUCUUCCGGCGACAGGGACCGGCCCAGACGGGUAAAACCAAAGUGUGCUCCACCUCCACCACCAGUGAUGAGACUCCUCCAACAGCCUGCUGCCUGCUCAGAUGCAGCAGAAGAGCUGAGCAACACGGCGGGAGCACAGCACGGACUGGAAUCGAGCGAAGGGAGUAAGAAGGCAGCAGCAGCAGCAGCACCUGUUGGUGGAAAAUCUGGGAGGCCUGUGAUGCCUCCACCUCAAGUGCCUCUGUCAUCGUCUUCCACAUCCCCGGUGAAAAUGGCCAACGGCACGGCAGGCACAAAAGUAGCUCUGAGAAAGACCAAACAGGCAGCUGAGAAGAUCUCUGCAGACAAAAUCAGCAAGGAGGCUCUGCUGGAGUGCGCAGAUCUUCUCUCCAGCGCCAUCGCCGAGCCCACACCAAACAGCCAGCUGGUGGACACAGGGCACCAGCUGCUGGAUUACUGCUCAGGCUACGUGGACUGCAUCCCGCAUACACGCAACAAAUUUGCUUUCCGGGAAGCCGUGAGCAAACUGGAACUCAGCCUGCAGGAGCUGCAGGUGUCCUCAACAGCUGCUAGCAUCCCUGGGGCAAACCCCGUCCUUAAUAACUUAUUGUCCUGUGUCCAAGAAAUCAGUGACGUGGUGCAAAGGUAG